UGGGACCAAAAAUCGAAAUAAAUAAAGUUUUAAGGGGAGAGAAAUAUGACCAUAUUAAACACGAAGGACUAAAGAGUAAAACAAAACCAACUUUCGUUUCGCCGAUUAAAUCAAAACUUUAUAGUUCUAGGGUUAGGGUUUAUCUUUCCCUCGGCGUUCCGUACAAAAUGUCGAAGAAGAACGAUUUGGCUCGUAGAAAGAGGCAACACGAAUUCGAGCUUAAACGAGAGAAAGAACAGAAAGAAAAGCAAAAGAAGAAGCUUCAAGCAAAGAAAAACAAGAUGAAAGUUGAUGGUAAAGACAAGAAAAACAAGAAAGGUGGAAGUGGGUUUCAAGUAGGGAAAAGAAAGGUGAAGACCAAAUUGAGCGCAUUGGCGAAAGCUAAAGCUGAUCAAGCAAUGGAACUUGAUAAAUGAGGUUCAUGUUUAUAUCUUCUUCUUUUUUUCUUUUCUUUUUCUUAUGUUGAAAUGCUAGUGAAUUGUAGUAGUAUAUUGGGUGCUGAAUUUGCAGCUUCGUCUUUUGUAAUUCAGAUAUAGGGAACUUUAUGUUUCGUGUUUUUUUUACGAAAUCUCGUGUUUGUUUUGAUAAAUUUGCAUCUCGAAGAUAAGCAAGGCAAAUUUUGGAUUUUUCACAGUA